UCGCUUGACAUUUUGAUUCUAUAUGCAUCGCCCAAGUCGUCUCUAGCCCUUUAACCUCGUCCUUUAGUCACCCAUUCCAAUCAUGGUCUCUGCCUCGACGUCCGCCGCAGACGGCGGUGCUUCGCUCGUCGAAAAGUUGAGGUCCAUCUUCCCUCUGACCUAUCCCGUACCUACCCCCCUCACCCACCCCGACCUCAUCCACCCAACAUCCAUCAUCACCGAAGAAGAUCUCUCUGUCAACUCUGAAAACCUCGGAGCAUGGCUGCGAUAUAUCAACGCCGUCCGAGACCGGAUCAACAAGACCCGAGCGCUGGACGCCGAAGACGUCUCGGUCGAGGGAACCUUGCUGGGUCCUCUGGCCGGACAAGACAACCGACGGGCGCUGCAAGAGCUGACCAUGAUCUACGAACGAGCGUUAUCGAUCUUCCCCACCUCUUUCAAGCUCUGGAAGCUUUAUAUCCACAUGAGGCAGCUACACGUUCUCGGACCCGUCACCGAAUCGGCUACGAAAGCGAAGAAACAGAACGCCGCUCGAGGUGCAAAGACCAAGACGGACGUGACUGAGUGUCUGGCGUUUGCCGAGUCUGAGUAUCAGUGGGAGGGCGGACUCGACGGUGUGAUAGGAUACGAGGAGUGGAAGAGCUUGAUCGGAACUGGAGAGCGGAUGAUUAGGUGUUUACCCAACCUGCCUGUAGUCUGGAUGAUGCAUCUUUCCUCUCUGCUACACCCAAAAUGUCCGCCCGUAUUCCAACGUACAUAUGCACGACGGACUUUCGACCGCGCACUUCGAACGCUUCCUCCCAGCAUGCACGCUCGGGUCUGGGGUCUGUACUUGCGAUGGGCUGAACAGGUCGGUGGGAUCGUAGGUGACAGGGUAUGGAGGCGGUUACUGAAGGUCGACCCUUCUCUCACCGAACGACACAUUACCCACCUCGUCAACUCGGAACCCGAACGUCCUCUUCCCGCUGCCAAAUACCUCCUCACACUCGCCAGAAAGGCACAAAAGGGAGACUACGUUUCCCAGGAAGGCAAAUCCGCCUAUCAGCUCUUUGUCGAUUUUCUGGAGCUUGCUGAAAACUAUGCCGAGGACGUCGGUCUUGAGGCUGACGAGAUGAAGGCCAAGAACGCCGAGGUUGAGCGAGCUGAGCAGGAGCAGAAGGAGCGUGAUGAGGAGAACAAGGCUGUCGCUGGCCAGGACGGCGCGUUGAUGAGGUUCGAGGGGGCUCCCAUUCCCAUCGAAGAGUACAACGCCAAGAAGGCUCAGGAGAAAGGCAGAUCGAGGCCGGUCGAGGUAUAUGACCCGGAUACGGAUCCUGCCAAUGCUGACCGGCUGGACAUUGAAAAGAUCGUCAUGUCAGACGGACUGUCGGUCUACAAGGACCAAGCCGGUCGACUGUGGUCUGGGUUGGCUACGUUCUGGAUCAAGCGGGGCGACUUUGACCAGGCCUCCGAGACGUUCGAGAAGGGUCUCUCCAAUGUCGUCACCGUACGAGACUUUACCCAAAUCUUCGAUGCCUAUGCCGAGUUCUCCGAGACUGUCAUCUCGACGCUGAUGACGGCGGUCUCUGACCCUGACUCGGAAGAAGAUGACGAGGGUCUGGCCGAGAUGGAAGAGGAGCUGGACACGAGGAUGAAGAACUUUGAAGAGCUGAUGGACAGGCGACCGUUCUUGAUGAACGAGGUCUUGCUGAGACGGAACCCGAACGAGGUCGUCGAGUGGGAAAAACGGGUCGCUUUGUAUGGCGAUGAUGACGAAAAGGUUGUUGAAACGUACACCAAGGCGCUCGAGACGAUCAACCCCCGCAAAGCGGUCGGCCCGUUGUACCCGUUGUACGUCAACUUUGCGAAAUUCUACGAGGAAGGAGGAUCCAAGGACCCCGAAACUGGCGAACCUAGGAACGAGCCCGACGUCGAACAGGCCCGACAGAUCUUUGAAAAGGCGACGCGGGUGCCUUUCAAGUCGGUGGACGAGCUUGCCGAGGUGUGGUGCGAAUUUGCAGAGCUGGAACUCCGGGCAGAAAACUACGAUCAAGCUAUCCGACUCAUGCAGCGCGCAACCACCCCGCCUCGAAACACCAAAGUCAACUUUUACGAUGACAACAUUCCUGUACAAACCCGUCUUUUCAAGUCGCUCAAGCUGUGGUCCUUUUACGUCGACUUGGAAGAAUCGAUCGGUUCCGUCGAAGCGACCAAGGCGGUAUACGACAAGAUCAUGGAGCUCAAAAUCGCCAACGCGCAGACCAUUGUCAACUAUGCGCAGUUCCUCGAAGAGAACAAGUACUUUGAGGAGAGCUUCAAGGUGUACGAGCGUGGUAUAGAUCUCUACAACUACCCGGUGGCCUUUGAAAUCUGGAACAUUUACCUAUCGAAAUUCGUCUCGCGAUAUGGAGGAUCAAAGCUGGAGCGAGCUCGAGAUCUAUUCGAGCAGGCACUGGAAAAGUGUCCCGAAAAGUUCUGCAAGCCAUUGUUCCUGAUGUACGCUCAGCUCGAGGAGGAACAUGGUCUGGCCAAGCGAGCGAUGGGGAUCUAUGACCGUGCCGCUACCGCUGUUCAGGACACUGACAAGAUGGAGAUGUUUACUAUCUACAUCGCCAAAGCUGCCGCCAACUUUGGUCUACCAGCCACCCGAUCCAUCUACCAGCGUGCCAUCGAAGUCUUGCCGGACAGGCAGACCUCCGACAUGUGCUUGCGUUUCGCUGCGCUCGAGCGGAAAUUGGGAGAGAUCGACCGAGCGCGUGCCAUUUACGCUCAUGCCUCGCAGUUCUGCGAUCCCCGAACGUACACCGACUUUUGGUCCGAAUGGAACGCUUUCGAGAUCGACCAUGGUUCCGAGGACACUUUCCGAGAGAUGCUGCGUAUCAAGCGAUCCGUACAGGCGGCCUUUAACACCGAGGCGAGCUAUAUCGCAGCGCAAGCGCAGGCCGCUCGAAAGGGCGUACAGAACAAGGAACCCGAAGCGGCCUCAGCGGAUGCCUCGGAUCCCAUGGCUGCGAUCGAGAGGGAGAACAACGCUGCACGAGCUGCACCAGCCGGCGGAGCCGCACCGAGCUUUGUCAAGUCGGUCCAGUCGAACGUCACGUUCAAGGACGAUGAUGCCGAGGUUGGCGGUGCGGUGGUCAAUCCGGAUGCGAUCGCCAUGGACGACAUGGAGGAUGACAGCGACGAUGAUGAAUGAGGCCAGGGGUAGUAACAGAUACGUAGUAUCGAGAUCUCAAUCCGGUUGUAAAGUAAUCUGAUCAUGCCUGUAGACUUCGAUCCUUCGGUCCGGUGGUUUCGCGCGGCCCGCGCCAAAAAAGAUGCAAGAGCCAGAGAAUGUCGAGACCGAGAAUGUCGAGAUCAUGUA